AUGUUCACCGGUAUCAUUGGCAAAUCUUAUGGAUUGCGUCCGUCAUCGGUAGCCCUCAUAGACGGUGCUUUCAGUGGCGGUGGCUCAUUGUGUGGACCUUCUCGGCGUCUUCAUGGUAAUAAGUGGGAUUAUUUGCUUCGUCAUCGCCUUACACUUGGUGGCCAAACCACCAUAUGGAGCUCCUUUGUUGUCAUUGGUCUCCUGGGUGGAUUUGAGUUGAUAUUUGUGGUCUUUGGAGCACCACUCGAACAAGAGGCAAGUGCUCCGACGAAAGAAAAUCAGCCAAAUCAGAAGGCACUGCCUAUGCUCUUGCCUUUUCCUGUGGUAUCCGUGACACAACUUGUGAUUACGACUUUCACCGGAAUCGUCAUCAUCGCGGCCGUUGCAGAUGCUUUGAUUGCUGCCCAGGUUAGUGAUGAGAUUUGCCAACAUAAUUUAUAG